AUGGGUAUUUUUACGCCUGAGAAUCUAAAAGCAUUAUUUAAACCAAAGAAAAGACGAUAUAUUAAACGUGAUCGGGAGGAUGCAGCACAACAACUCUGGAAAGAUUACUUCGCCGAAAAUCCUGUGUUUCCACCUGAAUACUUUCGUAGACGGUUUAGAAUGCGACGACAGUUGUUUCUUCGUAUUUUGAAUGAUAUUACAACUCAUGACAACUUCUUCAAACAGAAGCCCGAUGCUACUGGUCGUAUGGGGGUGCACCCCUAUAUAGAAGAUGACAAGCAGUACCUAUGCUCGUCAAACGAAAGCGACAUUGCACAUUUACUUCAAGAAGGGGAAGAAAGAGGAUUCCCAAGUAUGCUUGGCUGUAUAGAUUGUAUGCAUUGGGAAUGGAAGAAUUGCCCUAAAAGGUGGCAUGGCACACACAAGGGGAGAGGUCGUAAGCCUACCCUCAUAUUGGAGGCGAUUGCAUCAAAAAAUCUAUGGAUUUGGCAUGCUUUCUUUGGUAUGGCUGGUUUACACAUUGACGUGAAUGUCUUAGAUCAUUCCCCAGUAUUCAAUCGUAUCAUUAAUGGUAUAAUACCUCCAGUUAAUUACGAGAUGAAUGGACAUCACCGUACGUUGGGGUAUUACCUAUCUGAUGGUAUAUACCCUAAGUGGGCAGCUUUGAUUCAAACCAUCCCGCACCCAACUACUGAAAAAGAUAAAUUGUUUGCUCAAAGACAAGAAGCCGUUAGGAAGGAUGUUGAACGGGCAUUUGGUGUGUUGCAGAUAAGGUGGGUUAUAACGCAUGGACCAAUAUAUUAUUGGAAGAAAGAAGACCUGAGCAAGAUAAUGAGAACGUGCAUCAUAUUGCACAACAUGAUCAUAGAAAACGAGGGCGACACUAACAUUUUGGAAUGGACACCUCCAACAGAUGAGUCGGUCUACCUUCCACAGUACAAUCGAGACCGAUCAUUUUUGGCAGCACACAUCUCCACUCGCCUCAGCAGGAUUCGCAAUGUAGAAAACAAUGGAGAUCUCAGGAGAGAUCUUAUGGAGCAUUUGUGA